GAGCUCGGAGACGGCACCAGAGAAUGUUCAUGCAAGGUUCUGUCACAGAAACCGAUAGUAACAAAUGGAGAACUGAUCUUUGAUUGAACGAUGAACUCGGUGGAACGUGUUCCACUCUAGGGAGGAUUGCAGAUUUUGUGGUUUGUUGUUCAAAAAGCAUCUUCAAAUCUCCUUUGAGGGAGCAGACGUGGCUGGUUUUUGCAACAAACCAAACACUCGUUCCUCGUGAAUGGUGCGGAUUCAAACUGAUAGAGAAAUCAGCAGGCCAGGCCACAUAGUCAAUUACCAAAGAAAACGAAAGGAGAUUUUGCAUCGAAAGUCUCAACUGGGAAUGCUCAAAUUCAACAUUACAGGAUAAAUUGUAAAGUUUUGUGAGGACAAGCAAAUGGCCCUUUGCACAGGAUUAUUUAGGUUUUGUGAGGACAAAUAAACCACCCACUCCACAUGAUUAUUUAGCUUUAGUGAGGACAUCUUCGGAAUAAGAUGGGGUAUUUUCUCCAUUUUGCGCUAUUUGGAAUAGUCAUUCUUACAACAGCUGUGUGUAUGACUUGCUCCUGCGACUUGGUUGAAGGAGCAAAAUGUACCGAGAACAUCACAAAGAUAUAUCAGGAGAGAGGUACAAUCACACAGGAGAUGAAGCCAAAGCUUUGUCAGUAUCACAAUGCCGAGUCCAAAUCAGUGAAACUUCAGAAAGUCCAGACCUGCUUACUGGAGAAACUUGGGAAAUGUCCAUCCAAUGAAACAAUUACAAACGCUGUAGACAAGAUAAAAAACGUAUUCAGCAAUAUGAGGAAAAACAUCACAGAACUCUGCGAACCAGGUUGUGAGAACUUAUCAUCCCGAUCCAUAUCACUCAGUCAUUGUGCAGUAGAACUUACACAAAAAAUACCAUCAGCAGAAAAUAAGGAAUCACUCUGCAGUGUAUUCGAAGAUAUGAUGACCUGUGCCAAAAAUCAUGUAGGAAAGUGUUCAAGUUUACAGAUAAUCUACACCAAUCACAUAAUACCUCUUGAAAAAUUUAUGGACCCACAUUGUAACAAGUCAUCUAAUGCAAAAUGGUCCAGUUUUACUAUCAUUGGAUUGACAGUGUUAGUGACUCUUGUCAAAGAUUAUAAUUCUGGAGGCUAAGGAUAAGUGAAGAAACAGUAGUAUUGGUGGCUUGUACCAUAUUAAAGGAUACAGAAAUAUGCAGUGGGUAAUGAAGGCAAGCAGUGUUCGAUAUGGACCCUUGUCCACGUGCCCUGGAAACCAUAUGAUCAGACCGACAAGUUAUUUCAGUAAAGUGGUUGCCCUGUGGACUGGUAUGGUGGAAAAUCUUCAGUUUGAAUAAAAGGUAUUGCAUGGCAACAGAAAUGGACAAUCCGACAUCGUGGAGCUCUUGCCCUUCUGGUAACUGCGUAGACAACCUCAAAAUGUUUAACUGGCCAGGUCUGUUUCAUUUUGGUAUUGUGGACAUUUUUGGAACUGACAAAAUGCUCUCCUAGUCCUAAGGGGACAGAGGGGCGCUUUUGAGCUACUGAGGUCCAACUGACUAGAAUGCUGUGACAAGAAAUGGUGAUCGCAGCUGCAAACAAGAGAUCUUUUUUCACAUAGCAAGGCACAACAACAAAACUGUUAUAAAUUAUACAUGUAUACUAGUGAUCAUGCCUCUCUUUUUAUUUUGCCUUUAUUUUUGUGAUGUUGUAGUCAUGCACAACAUGCAUGUGUACUCAUGCAUCAUAUUCCAUGCACUGUGGAUCAAGAU